AAAUCGAGUAGGUCAACCCAGAACUGUCAAAAUUUCAAAAUAGAAAAGCAUAAAGCAAAAACUUUUGGCAUACUACAUCCAAAACUGUGGGCAAUGCACAGACCAGCUGUAAAGGAACGUAAUCCUAGGACUACAAUCUAUCCUAAAGGUUUACCUCCAUCUAGAAUAUUUGCAAGUUCGACGAGUUCCGACAACGAGCCAAGUUGUUCCACAAAAUAUUUAAAUAAUGUGCAAAUCAAUAGAAACAUAAUUGAAACUCCGAGUGUCCAGUAUCAAAUUCCUGGUCUUUCUGAAAAUGGAUACGAUGGGGAUACCGAUGAAGUUGGCGAUGUUGAAGGGGAUGAUACCACAAUUACAAUCCUGCCAUCAAGCUCAAUUCCUUUGAACAACUAUGUGCUCCCAGAAUCGAUUCCAUCCCAUAGAUUUGGUGGAUUUCUACAUGUACUCUGCCGCAGUUUGUAUCGCUCUUUGGCCAGGAUGGCCACUGGAGUUGGAUUGAGCCAUCAACAGACUGCUUGGUACAAACACUGCUGGCAAACUCCUGGUUCCAAGCCAAAAAGUGUCCAUCUUAUGGAUUCAUCUGCGCCCAGAUUGAUUGCAAAGAUCCCGGCAAAAUCGCAAAACAGCGAGAGUUCAACAACGAUGUGAUAUCCUUAUCAUUUAGCCCUGCAUCGCAAUAGUCCGUAAAAUAUAUGUUCAAAAAUAUAAUAGGCAUACGUUCGCUUCAAAUCAAUAAAUAAAAAAAUAUACAUUAUGCACAACCGGAACCGCUGCGUAAAUAUUCUACAAGAA